UUGCUACUUGUUUUGAACUUUACAUUUUACAUUCAAUAGGUUACAAUUUAUUGAUGUUGAGAAUGUGAAUUUGAAAAUAACCAAAGAAUAUAGAUGUAAAUGUUUUGAUCAGUUUCUACAUAACUUAUUGCAGUUCUCGACAACGGUAUAAGAAAUAAAAUGUCGAAGUGGGUUGGUUACGCAGUUUCAGUGAAUUGUGGUGGACCGCUCGGUUGCUAUCAAGGAACUAUUUUGGAAGCUGAUGGCAAUACAAUCACCCUUACUAAAGCUUUUAGAAAUGGGUUUCCAUAUCCUAAGUCUCAAGUUACACUUAAUGCUGCAGAUAUAAAAGAUUUAAAAAUAAUUGAAGAAGCAAAACCAGAGCGAGCUGAACAAACACAUAGUACUGUAGCUGUCAGUAAAGCUAAUAAAAAGGGAACAAGAGCCACAGUCUGCGAAAAUUUGCAAGCAAAUCCAUCAAGUAUAGUAUCACAGCAGUGCAGUAAUGGCAACAACAAGUCAUCAAGCCGUGGAGCAACCCAACCACCAGCAAGAAGCAAGCCUAUUGACAUACAGGGUGGUGGGAGCAGGAAUAAGAAUAAUAACAAUAACAAUCACUCAGGUAGCUUCAACAUGAUGACGUCGACUCCGAAGGGCGGGCGUUCGGGUCCGCCCCACGACAAGGCGCGCCGCAGAAACGAGGCGUGCUUCGGUGACGCGGCCGAGCUGCCAUACGAUGACGACUUCGACUUCGAGGGGAAUCUCGCACUCUUUGAUAAACAAGCUCUGUGGGAGGAGAUGAGGGUCGCGUCCGGCGGGCGGCCCGACGUGGUGCGCGCCGCCGACGAGGCCACGCGGCUGAGGCACGACGAGAACGUGCUGCAGGCCGAGCCCGUCGCCGACAUCCGCGUGCCCGACGACCUGGCCGCGCACUCGCGCUACGUCACCGACGACGGCCGCGCCGUGCCCGCGGUGGCGCCGCACGCGCGGCGCCUGCUGUGGGACGCCAUGCGGCGCCACGCGCUGCUGGACACGGCGCUGGUGCUGGGCGCGCGCGCCGCCGCCGACCUGGCGCUGCGGCUGGCGGGCGGCGGCCGGCGGCUGGAGGCGCGCAACGCGCACCAGGCGCCCGUGGCCGUGCUGCUGUGCGGCGCCUCCCGCGCCGGCGCGGCGGGCGUGCUGGCCGCGCGCCUGCUGGCGUCGCACGCCGUGCGCGCGCACGUGCUGCUGCCGCCGCGCGCCGCCGCCGCCGCGCCCGAGCUGCGCCGCGAGCUGGCGGCGCUGGCGGCGGCGGGCGGCGCCGUGCACGCGGAGCCCGCCUCGCUGCCCGCGCCCGACGUGCUGGUGGCCGCGCUGUACGACCCGCUGGACGACGGGCCGCAGGACGAGCACGCCGCCGCGCUGGCCUGGGCGCGCCGCUCGCGGGCCGCGCUCGUGGCUCUGGAGCCGCCCGCGGCCGGCUGGGAGGGCGUGCCGGCGCGCGCCAGCCUCGUGGGCCUGCUGCCGCCCGCGCUGGCCCCGUCGCUGGGCCGCGUGUACCUGGUGAACGUGGCUCCGCCCGCGCGUCUGUUCCGCGACCUGCAGAUCUCGUACCGGUCUCCGUUCGGCGCGGCGUCCAUGUUGCCGCUCAACUAGCCGACCGAGUGCCGCCCCGCCCCGCGGACGCCCGACCCGACGGUUCGGACGGCGCUACAAUAAUGGACACUGGUCCAUUCCGGACUUUAUGAAAAGUGUAAAAUGGGUACUUUGACUAAUUAACACUUCCAUUUUUUUAUACUUGAGAAAAAAUAUAUUUAUGAAAGAUAAUACUUAAUAAAACUAUAUAUAUAUGAUAAAGAUUAUUCUAAACGCACUAGACGCUUAAUGUCAAGUUACGCCGUAUAUGCAGUCUUUUCCAAAGCAUUUGACAAAAUAAAUCAUAACCUUAUCAUUGCAAAAUGAUCUUCAUUCGGUAUACACGGCGACCUUCUAAAGUGGAUAAAAUCAUAAAUUAAUAAACGAAAUCAAGCAGUUCCAUUAAGAAAUUACAUUCCAAAUUUUCUUAAUCUUACCUGCGCGAUUCCUUAGGGUUCCCAUUUGGGUCCUAUACUUUUCUCUUUAUAUAUGAACGAUAUUGGUCACGUUUUUAAUGAAUCUUGUCAUUUGAUUUACGCUGACAUGUUGGCUUUUAAAUUGUUGACUUUAUUGAUUACAAAUUACUAGUUAACUACAUUACUAGUUAACUGUCAGCAUUUACAAAAUAAUCUAGAUAAAUUGAAUCAUUAUUGCACGACAAAUCAUCUCUUCAAAAAUGACAUGUUGCCUCAUAAGGAAGCAGAAUAAGAUAAUUUUCGAUUACAAUCUACGUAGUGUAAAUCUUAAGAGGACAUUGAAAAGAGUUGAGAAUUACUCUAGACUAUCUAGAAUCUAGAUUCUCUAGAUUGCAUUGAUACAUUUUAAUAUACACAUUAAUAAUAUUAUAAAGAAAGCGUUUAAACUGCUUUGUAUUUCGAAUCACAAAAACCUUUCUUUUAGCCUUUUACUCUUAAAAUACUAUAUUUUCGAACGUUUCUAUUUUCAAAGUGGUUAUAUUUAUAAGUUACGUCUAUACUUGAAAAUUUUCUUUUGUUUAACUUUUAUGGGACUUAUUAUCGAUAUUAAUUUUACCUAUAUCAUGUAUAUCAUUUGUUAAAGACAGUAUGUUCCCUAAAAAAAGGCUUAGUUCUUACGUCAGUACGUCGAAAACUAAUAGUAACAUUAAUACUAGUUAGACAUCCUUGUCUAUUUACGAUGUACACAGAUUAAUAUAUGGUUAAUGGUAAUUUAUGGUUAAUAAAUUAAAUGAAAUAAUUGUCCUGAACAAUUGGUUUAUUGAACUAAGUCCAAAAUGGUUAAAAUAUUUAUUGGUUAUGAGCAUACGCGAACCGAUUGAUGCUCGAUGGCGAAAUGUGGAAGUACGACACGCGCUGGCGCAACCGCUGAGAGGACGCAGUGUUAAAGUAUUAAUGUCGAAAAAAAAAGAAUUAAAUAAACUAUACUAGCGGCACGCUAUGAGGCGGUAACACAUUACAAUAUUGACGUGAAAUGUCAAUUUAAUAUCGAUAAAAAUUAACCUAAUGAAAUGCGAGUGACAACUAUAAGUUUUUGGAUUUAUAACUAAUGUUGCAAUUAGGAACUGAUUAAAAAUUAUUAAUAAAACUAAAAUAUUAUAAAUGUUGACCUAAUAAUAUAAUUGAAUGAACUUAAUAUUGGAAUGAAUACAUCUGAAAUAUACAUCUUACUUUAUUUCCACACAAGAAACAAAUUUAUACUUUUCUUAAUUUGGUCAGUCAGUCAUUUUAUAUAUUUUGUACAGUAAUUAUAAUGUAAUGCUUGUUUGAAUAUAUAUAAUAUAAAUUGUAUUGAUCUUUAUUUUUAAAUGAUUUAUUAAACAUUUGUUCUUUGCGGUAGGCAUUUCUGUUAUUUAUAACAAUGAUUGAUUGUAUGAUGUACAUAAUAUAUUAUAAACUCUUGUUUUUAUAUUA